CGGAUACUCCGCCACCGCAACAAGUUAACCGCCAGCACGCCCUGGUUUUGUAAGUAUCAAAUGCUCAAACCCACCCCUGAACUACACGUUGACUCACCAACAACCAACUACCAAAUAAUCAGAAGAAUAUGGCGUUUCCCGGCCUACAUAUCGUCGAGCCCAAAGGCGCCCAUAUGCACACUAUCAUUCUGCUCCAUGGACGUUCUAGUGACGGCCCUGAAUUUGCCGAAGAACUCCUUGAUUCGAAAACGUCCGAGAAGAAGACGCUUACGGCGCGGUUCCCAAAUUGCCGCUGGGUAUUCCCUACCUCUCGAGACCGAUGGAGUUCAGUUUUCCAGGAGGACUUAACUGCUUGGUUUGAUAUAUAUUCUCUGUCGAACGCUUCCGCGAAACAAGAUCUUCAAAUUGAUGGCUUGAGAGAAACAAUGCUAUAUAUUCUAGAGGUUAUGAGUCAAGAGAUUGAUCUUCUUGGAGGAAGGCCCGAAAAAGUUGUACUUGGUGGAAUAAGCCUGGGCAUGGCGGCGGCUUUAUGGGUACUCCUAUGCUCACCAGGAAGAUUCAAAGGGAGAAUCGGCGGCUUCAUCGGGAUGUGUGGAUGGCUUCCAUUCGCGAAUAAGAUCCAAGACUUACAGCACCCAAGGGAGAUGAUACCAAAGUUCCUUUUGGAUACCGUCCGAUGCGAAGAACAGGUGCAAACCAGCACAAUAGAUACUGAAACCAUGCUAUCUACGUCAGUAUUUCUACUGCAUGGAUCUGAUGAUACCUGGGUUGAUGUUGAACUGGGUCGCGCGGCGCAUAGGGGCCUCUUGAAGCUGGGGAUGAAGCCUGAGUGGAAGGAGUAUGUGGGUGCAGAAAAUAACGGACACUGGAUAAAGGAACCGGAGGGGUUUGAUGCUAUUGUUCAGUUCUUGGAGGCUGUCUGGGCAUCGUAGAGCUUAUUAAACGCUUCACUGUCGCGAAGGAAGAUCUCGGGUAUGAGGCUGUUGUCCAACUGUUGAACGAGAAGCACACCUCAAUUUAGCAUGCCCACAGCUACUGUCAGAUAAUGUAUUCAGGGUGUCGUGGGUACUUCAAUUCUACCCAGGUAAAUCGAGCCAUUGGCAUGAGACGAUAAUUUUUGAGUAGAAGUUCAAGGUUCCCUCAGAAAAAUUAAGACUCGUUGGGUCAUAAAAUGCAUUUUGAUAAAUUUCAUUUAGAAUAAAAACCCAAAAUGUAUUAAGUAUCAAUGAGCUUGGUCGAAUCGUUAAAUAUUUUCAUUAUUA